CCUCAGUUUAACAUUUGAAAGAGAAGGUGAUACCUCCCGUUCUCUCCUCUGUGCUGCUUCUGCCUCCUCUUACUCUAUCCCGACAUGUCUCUUGCUCUGCCAUCCGUCUAGCAUCAUGGUCGGUGUGAGGUGUUUUGUGCCGCCACUCCGCCGCCAUGACACCUGCAGGCAACUUCCAACCAGAGAUUAAGUUCCGCUGGUGUCGGACAGUGGGUUGUCGGUCUCAGCAGGUGUGGCUAGUGCUGACUUCAGUAACAGGGACGCGAGUGUGUCUUACUUGGCAGCCUCAGCUGGGCUGGUACGAAGCCUCACCUACACCCAUACCUUGCGGCCUCCACACCGGCUUCAUACUCAUCCAAGACAAGGUGCGUGACGCGAUCAGCGGGAGCCUACGGGUCCGGGAGAGGGACUACAAGGUGGACCCAUUCCACAUCGUGCCACAUAAGUUCGCCGUGGAAUUGUUCUUGCAGUCAGAUCAAACGUCUCCCUUCUGGAGUGACGUGCCUGAGCUGCGUCGGCGUUACCUCAGUUCGGAUCAUUUGGAGAGGCUUGCCACCUCCAGUCACAAGGAUUCUCUCUCUUAUCAUCAAUUUAGAGGCCUCGGCGGCCGUAAAUGGGUUUCUUCUACGUCACUUACUUACACUGAAGAGGUGACAUCUUCAAACAUUCCAAAGAAUUUAGCUAGAGGAGAUGGCAGGAGCAGAGCUCAUCCCAGAGGUUUAACUCGAGGCAGAUCUCACAGUCAACUCCGGGCAUCAUCCACGUCAUUUGAUAACCUCAAAGACCAAGGAGCAACAUCGAUUUCAUCGCCAAAUCUCUCACGUGCUUUUCAAGUGGCUGUUGAUCUCUCACGUGCUAGUUCUAAGUUCCUGGCUGGAUUGUCUUCGACGAGCAGCGGCGUAUGUCUUGGCUUCGAGGAUGGCAGUGAGCCUCCUUCUCCAGAUAAUAAAGACACUCCAAACAACAACAGCCCUUACGCAGCUGGAGGAGAAACUUCAGCCGACUCCGAAGACGCCGCUGGUGAAGGUGCCAGACGCAAGAAAGCUUUGUAUAGUUCUCGAGAUCGAUCUCUUCACAUUGAGGACUUAACUGGAGAAGAAGCCUGGGGACAAAGAAGGGAAGGAGUAGCCAAGAGCUUCGAUGGGUCAAAUGCUUCCAGCACUUCAUAUGAGGAUCUACUUGCCAACAUUUCAUCAAGAAGAGCAACUUUUAAGACUGAGCUGAACCUCUUGCGAUUCGACACCUUAGCACAGGAACGCUUGGUGAAAGAAAUAUUAGCUCCAUCAGACUCUGAUUUUGAAGACGAAGAAGGGGCAUGUGAAGUUAGUGAUUCUGACUUCGCGGGUCAUUACGGGUGUGUUAUCACAUUUGAGAGUCGCAGCUCCAGUAUGGAUGAUGUCGGGUCUCCCAGAGCACUGGAGGACGUGCUCGUAUCAUUAACGUCCAACGACAGCCACCCUGAGGUUACAUUUGAGCCAUCACAAUCCAGAACACAUUCUUCAGAUAUGGAGAAUGACUCUGAGUUCAACCUUGGAACACCCAGCAGCUCUGAAAGGAGACAGUCUGAGCCUAAACCUGGAACAGCUGUUACCAGGUCGUGCUUAGUACCUUCAAGUUUUGAAAAUAAAAUAUUAAUGCCAGCGCCUCCAAUAGUGAAUAUAACUCCAGUGUCUGAUACGCUACUGAGUGAUGAGCCUCGUGAUGCAAGACUUAGCACUUCCCAGGACAGCUCUCCAGGGCAUGAUGACUCUUUCGAGGGUGAAGACCAUCAAGCCAUGUCUGAGGAAGAAGUAAAUGAAAAUGAAGUAGGACCCGGCACAUCGCAUCUGGGGGAAAAUGUUACUUCAACCAGCGGGACAAGUGACCCACCUGUCACUCCUGACAUUGCGGAGGAUGAUAACUUCCAGUACGAGUCUUUGAAGCAUGAGGAUGAACACUUCCCAAUAGACAUCAGGAACAUUGACAGUGAAGACUCGAUGGAAGGUGUUGUAUCUAAAACUCAUGUUCGUUAUGAUGUAGAAGAGAAGGAAGCUUGUAGCAGAUCAGAAGGCGAUGAUGAUGACAGAGAAAGCGGCUUGUACGAGAUAACGGAGCCACAACCCACUACUUCACUGGAUGGUGAAGUGCCUACAGAUUCUCUUAGUCUAGUACCACUGGAGGACAGCCAGAAAGCCACCGUGAGAGAAGCCAAAGAAUUCAGUGAAGCACAAACGUUCAAGAAAGUAUCCAGCGAUGAAGGUGAUGUGCCAAAGAGUAGCGAAGAGCCGACAGUACAGUUGCAUGAAAGUGAAUCCACUUCAGGUGUAAUGAAACCCAGAGAAAUAAAUAGCAAUGAAAAUGCCGAAGCUACCUGUAGUACAGCUAGUGUCCCAGGAAAAACUUUAGAAAACAGUGGCACAGGCAUAACUUACGAAGUUGGUGAGAGAAUCAGAACUUUAGACGAUGAUAGUGAUCAUGGCAGAAUUUUUGACAAUGGAACUUAUGAAAAAGGUAACGACAAAGCUUAUGACAGUGAAAGUUAUGAAAGUGGUGACAAAGGCAGAACUUUAGAAAGUACAACUCAUAAUGAUAACAGAGGCAAAAAUUUAGAUAUUAGAAACAUUGAAGGUGACAGAAAUAGAAAGUCAUAUGAUAAAACUUAUAGAAGUGAUGACAGAGGUAGAACUUUAAAUGUUAGAACAUAUGAAAAUGGUGACAGAGGCAGAACUUACAAAGAUGGUGAUAGAAGCAGUGUGCUGAUGCGUGAUGAAAAAGGCGUAAGUUUUGAUGUCGAUCAAAAGAGAACGUUUCCUUGUACUGGUGGCAGAACUUUGACAGGCAGCGGUGACGUAGGUAAGCCAGAUGUUUCUGGCAGUCUUUCUUCUAAAAAGUACAGAGACUAUGAUAGAGAGAGGAACUUGAAGGCUACUGCAGGUGGGAACACUGGGAAGCAGGACCCAUCUACUGCAGAGACCAGUAGCCACCACCUACAGGAGAGAGAUGCGGAAAAUCAUGAGUUGCAUCAAUUUGAUCAAUUUGUACGACUUCAGGACGCCGGCACACAAACAAGGCAGACAAGACGGGCGUCGAAAAUGACAUCAACACGGAUGCAUAAAUUCAACAAGAGUGAGGAUAUUACCACGCCAUCAGCAACUAAGUACAGCCGCUCUCCCCUACGCAGUGUACAGACAGAAUCUUACGUGGCUCUACCAGACCGACUGAGUGGUCCAUGGUCUCAGAGACUUGCCAGGGGCUCCAAUGCUCCACCAGUGUCCCCUGGCAAGCCUGACCUGGCCGCCCUACAAAGGAACCUUUACAACCUGGUGCAGGGACACGAGAACGCGGUGUAUCUCAGGCAACUACAGAAUGGGUUGCAACAGCAAACACACUACGCUCCACGGCUGGCUCACUUAUCUUCUGCAUCAGACCCAUCACACCACCAUCAGUCUGUUGGGAAACAUCACCACAGCCAACACCAGUCUCCCAUUAAGCACCUCCAUUCUCCUGUACAUCGCCACCACGAGCCUCCUGUGCAUCACCACCACGAGUCUCCUGCGCUUCAUCAUCACCAAUCUCCGGUGAAACAUCACCAGUCUCCCACGCAUCACCACCACCAAUCUCUCCCCAUGAAGCAUCACCAUUACCAGUCUCCCAUCCACCAUUACCACCAUUCGCCAAACCACCAGCAACCUCUCCCAUCUGUUCCUCAGACCAGCACACCCAUUCAGUACAAGUAUCCAGUGAUGAACUCUUCCAUCGUGCAGUCAUCCUCUUCCCUGGCUUACUUCGCCACUCGAUCUUCUACGACCUCGCGUGACCUGCUAGGCAACAGGUCAAGUGGGGUCAACUACGGCGGCAGUGCCAGUGACCUCAGCAGACACCACCACGCAAGCACUUUCAUCAACCACGGGGGUGGUGGAUCAAGCAUCCGCAGUGUCUCCAGCCUUCCAGACCUGCAAUAUCCAACCAUCAACCACCCUGGUCUUACUCACACCCCACGAUUCUCUGAAACCAACCCUGGGCCCUCACAUGCCCACUCUGCCUUUGAUGUGAUGGUUGGCAGUGGCAGUGGUGCUAGGCGGAAGGGGUUGUACUGGGAUAGUGACAGUGGUGGCUCAACAGACUCUCUUAUUGAUGAAGCAGAGCAUAUCACCACUACACCCCUGGACCCAAACAUUUACCAUAUUUAUCCUCCUGCUCAUGACAGGGAUAUGCCACAGAGAAAACGGCACAAACAGCAGAGGCGGAGAACACGUUCACACCAGGGAGGAUUCAGUGCUUGGAGAAGUGAAGCUGAUUCUACUAGUUUAGCUGCCAGCAGUGGGCGUCCAUACCUGCCAUACCGUGGUGAUCAGCUGUCUCCUGGCCAGCAGGUAAAGGUGCUAGCACCAGGUGGAGGAGUAGCUGUAGCUAGAGUCCUGACAAAUCAAAAGUCUUCACGGCAGAUCAUUGACAAGAAUCGUCAUAUUUCUGACCCUAUUUCCUGUGCUACUGUGACAGUCAUUCUGCUGAGUGAACCAAACAGGUUGCAAGGAAGUGUGGUGACUGUUCCCCUGGAAAAAGUCCUCCUUGCUUGGCCUAAAGUCUGACAACACAUCAUAUCUACAAUCCAUAAUCGAGCAAGGGAAAUAUUAUUGCUUAUUUUUCAAGUAAAAUUAUUAUAAUAUACUGUAUUUUGUAUCAUGCAGUUCAUAACAAGAGAAUUGUGUGCUAAAUAUUCAUUAUUAUUUGUGAAUUUGUUACAGUACACUAAACAACUAAAAAUUAAAAUUACUUACCAUUUGUUAAAAUGUUAUAAACAAAUUGCAGUAUUUUCUUGCACUUGUUGAAUUAUGUUGGCCCACCAAAAUGAAAGGUAAAAUCUAAGUCAAACAUUCUCUUAUUAUUAAUGUCCAUCCUGGUACAUAAAAGGACACAACAAUAUGUCACAUUAGUUGCACUUGUGUCCUUUUACUUAGCAUAUUGUUGGUAAUUCUACCAACAUGAACACUCCUGGUACAGUAUAUACAAAAAUUAAUUGAGUUUCCAAACAUGGAAGUAUUUCUUGCUAAUAUCUUCUACAGCAGUGUGUUUUGUAUCCUCAGUCUAAUCCCACUAGCUAAUGUCCAUGACCAGCAAGGAGAAACAAAGCAGAAAUGAAGAUAUACUAGAUGAGGCAACAGUCAGAAAAGAUAAAAAAGAAAAGUGAAUCUGGAUAAUUACACCAUGAAGAGAUGGGUGUGGUUUUGAACACUGCUUUCCUUCAAGCCAGUUCCUUUGACAUUCCAGUUUUUUGGAUGGAUAAAGACACUGUUGUAGAAGGUGUGUUAAGAAAGUUUCGAAUACCAUGUGGUAACAGGAUAAAUAUGUAUACGAGGCAUGAUGAAGUGUAAAACGAAGGUAGUCUGCUAGAGUACAGUAUGUGCUGGCAGAUAAAAGGUAUAGUACAUGUUUGUACAGAAGUCUGAUGUAUAUUAUCAGUAAUUACCAGGUAUUUUGUGGUAAUUAGAGCAAGAGGAAGGAGCACAAGGCAGGGUAGAUUAUGUCAGUAGGUAAAAGGAUAAGUGAAUUAAUUAAAUUAAGAGAUAGUUGGUGAGAGGUAUGAGCAAAUGUUGGAAAAAAGGAUAGCAAGCAUGAAAAUAAUAAAGAGGACAUAAAAGAAAUGUUCUUUCAACACACCAGCUGCAUUCCACCAAAGGAGAAAUGUAUGGUAGUUUAAUAAAAACUAAGCAGGCAACACAGCCAUUGUGUAUUGAUACCUUCAGUUACAUAUGUGUGGUACACAGGCGGAGGCUUGACUGACGAGCUAGGUGCCUCAAGCAUCACCAGGUACCUGCACAACAUGUGGUUACAGGAGGAUAAGUACUUAAGGGGGAAGACGAAUUAUCAGUGGAAUAAUGAAGGUGGGAUUGUGGUGGUUAUGGUAGGUGGGUGGACUGUCAUUGGAUUACAUAUGUGCCCUUUGGAAAGAGCUAGGGAGCAAGCAAUGGUCAAUGUAUUAUCUCUGGGCUACCUGCCUUGGUGAGAAAUAGCCGAUGGCAAAACUAUUAUGUAUUACAUUUUAUAGAAAUUUGGGAAUUACAAUUUGGUUUAGUUUGUGAAAAGUACAGCAUAUGGGGAAACUGAAAAUCUGGAUUUCGUCAGGGAUGCCAGAUUUUUCGUUUUGUAAGAGAUAAGAUAUAAAACUGUUGACAAAUAUUAGAAUGUUUGCUGAAGAUUUUGAAUUUGUCACUAUCCUCUAAAUCUAGGAAAAGUCCUAUUGUUCUGACGAAGACGUUGCAAGAAGUCAGAAAAUUCGUAAGAGAUUUUGCAAUUUUGGUUCUUUUUUUUUUAAUUUUGCAUUUACUUCAUGCUAAAGAUGAUGGAUCUGUGAACAUUUUUCUUACAAUGUAAUUUUUUAUUAAGAGCAAAUCUGUGUUCUAUGUAGCUAAAAAAAAUAUUUAUUGUAAUGCCCAUAAUGCUCUCUUUGAGGUCAGUAAGUGUUAUGUAAUAGAGGAUACUUUUGUUUUCUGCAUAUAUUAAGAUGAUGCUCUUGCAUACACUGUGUCAGUAUUCUAAUGAUAAUCAUACUAACGUGUGUAAAUUUUAUCUUAAAAUUAUCUAAGAAUUAAGCAUGGCAUCUUUGUCAGCAUGAUUCUUGUGAAGGUCUUUAGCAUUUUUCAAGAUCUGGAAAGAAUUUUUCAUAAUUUUUCUUUGUGCUCGUGAUGAUACAAGAUACAGUGCCAGAAAGAGUAACUAACUCCAUUGCAGCUUUCAAAAUGAAAAUGUUAAGUGUUUGGUUAAGUAAGAAUUCUUUGUACUUUUCUGAACUUUGUAAUAAAUAUUUACACAAUGUCUAAAACAAAGUGCGAUGCAUGACUCAUUCAGUCAGCAUAUUAUGGUACUGCCAUUUAUCAUUGUGCAAACAUAAUAAAAAUUGCU